CAAUUGAAAUUAAAUUCGAGUCAUGAUUUCAUUUCGAUUCUUUCCAAAAGUAUAAAACUUGAACUGACUCUUACCGAUUGUCAUUCAUUCAGUAGAUAUCUGUAGUUGAACGUGUGGUUCAGAAGACAGUUAUUUGUUCUCAAUCAAAAUGAAAUUCUUCAUCCUUCUUGCCUGCUUGAUUGCCGUGGCUGCGGCUUGUGUUCGAGAUGAUUCCGAUGGACGCCCGACCUGUAACGCAGCGGAAAUGACCCAAGUCUACUGGAGAAACAACUGGGAUCCUACUGCCUACUGGCAAUGCACCACCGCCAACACCCCAGCCACUCUUGUCCGUUGCCCAACUGAAGGAAUGUUUGACCCGCUCACCCUUACUUGCAUCAAUUGGUUCGACUGGGUUUGGCAGCCAACCUGCAAGCCACCAAGUGCGCUGUAAAUCUGAGCUCGUACUGUCCUAUAGAAAAAAAUAUACAUAUGCAUUUUAAGUGAUGAAAUUAUCUUUGAGGACACACACGUUCUGAGAAAUAAGAUGCUUCUGAGCAGUGAAUCACAUUAAGUGGAAAUUGUAAAGUUGUCUUAUUUUACUGGGAAAUUAUAAGCGCGAAAUAUUGUACUUUGCAUGAAUAAGUUAAUUAUGCAAA